AAGUCGCUGGGUACCAUGUAUGGAUUCAUCAACACCUGUCUGCAGUCUCUCGUGAUAGAGAAAUUUGGUGAAGAGACAUGGGAAAAACUGAAAGCUUCUGCUGAAGUGCAAGAUGCCUUCAUGACCUAUACUGUGUAUGAUGACAUCAUCACCAUUAAGCUCAUCCAAGAAGCCUGCAAGGUUUUGGAUGUAUCUAUGGAAGCCAUUCUGAAACUCUUUGGAGAGUACUUCUUCAACUUCUGUAAGAGGUCCGGCUAUGAUAGGAUGCUGCGGACACUGGGAGGAAACCUCACAGAGUUUAUUGAAAACCUAGAUGCCCUCCACAGUUAUCUGGCUCUGUCUUACCAGGAGAUGAAUGCACCAUCCUUUCGUGUGGAGAGAGGAGCCAACAGGGAGAUGCUUCUGCAUUACUACUCUGAUAGAAGAGGUCUGUGCCACAUCGUACCAGGUAUCAUUGAGGCUGUGGCCAAGGACUUCUUUGACAUUGAUGUGGUCAUGAAUAUCCUUGACAUGAAUGAAGAAGUGGAGAAGAUGGGGAAAAAGGAACACGUUGUGUUUUUGGUUGUGCAGAAAGCUUGCAGGCAGACAAAGAGUACAAGGUCAAACAGGUUACAAGACCAUCAGGACACCCAGAGAGACCAAGAGGCUCUCCAGGCAACUUUUCCAAGGAUGAAGGAGAAAUAUUUGAGCACCUCUAUUUGCCCUGGGGAGAAAUCCCACUGGGAGGUUGUGAGGGGGAUACUCCCCUUUGGAAAAGGGUACCUCAGGGACACUUUCCAGCCCAUCUAUCCUGAGAGACUGUGGAUCGAAGAGAAGACAUUCUGCAAUGCUUUCCCCUUCCACAUUGUCUUUGAUGAAACACUGACGGUCAAGCAAGCUGGAGUGAAUAUUCAGAAAUUCAUCCCAGGACUCCAAGCCCAGAAGAUUCGAUUAGAUGACUAUUUCUCCAUCGUUCACCCUCAAGUCACCUUCAGCAUUUCUAGCAUCUGCAAGUUUAUCAACAGUCAAUUUGUCCUGAAGGCACGGAGGGAAAUGAUGCCCAAGGCAUGGAAGAGCCAGCUGGCACUCAAACUCAGGGGCCAGAUGAUAUGGAUGGAGUCACUGCAGUGCAUGAUCUUCAUAUGUUCUCCGAAGCUCCGCAGCCUGCAAGAACUGGAGGAAAACAAGAUGUAUCUUUCAGACAUUGCCCCCCAUGACACCACCAGGGAUCUUAUCCUCCUCAACCAGCAGCGGCUAGCAGAGAUGGAGCUGUCCAACCAGCUAGAGAGGAAGAAGGAGGAGCUGCGCAUCCUCUCCCAGCACCUGGCUAUCGAAAAGAAGAAGACAGAGACCUUGCUGUAUGCCAUGCUACCUGAACACGUGGCCAACCAGCUCAAGGAUGGCCAGAAGGUGGCUGCAGGAGAAUUUGAGUCCUGUACAAUCCUUUUCAGUGAUGUGGUGACAUUUACCAACAUCUGUGCUGCCUGUGAACCUAUCCAAAUAGUGACUAUGCUGAACUCAAUGUACUCCAAGUUUGACAGAUUAACCAACAUCCACGAGGUCUACAAAGUAGAAACAAUAGGUGAUGCAUACAUGGUGGUAGGCGGUGUGCCAGUGCCUGUUGAAAACCAUGCUCAGAGAGUAGCUAAUUUUGCCUUGGGGAUGAGAAUUUCUGCAGAAGAUGUGAUGAAUCCUGUCACUGGAGAACCCAUCCAGAUCAGAGUGGGGAUCCAUACUGGACCAGUCUUAGCAGGUGUCGUGGGAGACAAGAUGCCCCGAUACUGCUUGUUUGGUGAUACUGUAAACACAGCCUCUAGGAUGGAAAGUCAUGGGCUUCCCAACAAAGUACAUCUCAGCCCCACAACCUACAGAGCCUUGGAAAAUCAAGGGUUUGAAAUUGUUGAAAGAGGUGAAAUUGAGGUGAAGGGUAAAGGAAAAAUGACCACAUACUUUCUGAUCCAGAACUUGAAUGCCACAGAGGAUGAAAUCAUGGGGAGAGCUAAAACGCUAGCAGAUCACAAGGCUUCUGAUGAAGCCACACCUCCUGGGAGCCCUGUGGCAGGACAAGACUCCAUGGAGGCAGCUGCUGGUCAGGCAUCUUCAGAUCAGACCAAGAUAGGCCCCUUUCCUAAUCACCCCGUGCUGUCUGCUUUCUGUGUUUUGCUGUAGUCAAGAAAGAAAGAAAGAAAGAAAGAAAGAAAG